AUGUCAUUACCACCAUUACCAGAAUCACUAAUACCAUUUUUAAAACCAUAUAUACCCAAUAAUAAAGAUGAUAAAUAUAUAACAUUAACUUAUGCACAAUCAAUUGAUUCAAGAAUUUCUGCAAAACCUGGAAUUCAAACAAAAUUAUCACAUUUAGAAACUAAAACAAUGACACAUUAUUUAAGAUCAAAACAUCAAGCUAUAUUAGUUGGUAUAAAUACUGUAUUAGCUGAUGAUCCAAAAUUAAAUUGUAGAUAUUUGGAAACAGAUAAUGAUGGGGAAUUACCAUUAAUAAGACCAAUUAUAACUGAUCCAUUAAAUAAAUGGGAUUAUGAUAAUUCUCAAUUAUCUAAAAUUUGCGAAAUGAAACAGGGAUUACCACCGUAUAUUUUGAUUGAUGAUUCAAUAGAACAUACUAAAAAUAGUUUAAAAUUAAAAAAGCAAGGUGGAGAUUAUAUAAAAUUAGCAUUACUUAAAAAUAGAAAAGAUAAUUGGAAUUUAAUAUUUGAAGAAUUGAACAAAUUGGGUUUAAAUUCAAUUAUGGUUGAGGGUGGUGCUACUAUUAUAAACGAUAUAUUAUCAUCAAAUAAAAAACUUUUCAAUAGUUUAAUUAUAACAAUUGCUCCAAUAUUUUUAGGUAAAGAUGGAGUUGAAGUUUCACCCAAUAAACAAGUUGAAUUAAAAAAUUUUAAAUGGUGGAACGGUAAACAAGAUAGUGUCCUUUGCGGUAUACUUAAAUAG